GGAAUUCAGAAGACUGAAAGAACGAGUCGGCGUAUUCUUGGUUGGCAUGCAAUGAACAGGGCAGCUUUUUCUGCAGUUUCCUUAGUACAUUUUUCAUAUUUGUUCCCUAAAGGCUUGAUAAGUUAAACCCCACAUUUGACCCCUUUAUUUGAAUUAAUGCUCUUGAUUUAUUUUGUUUGUGCGACUAUCUGCUAUUUGACCAACACCGAGCGGAAAUAGUUUCCGGGAGCCAGCCGAAGGUGUCGCCAUGGGAGAGCAGGGCCCCUUGUGCGUGAAUGUGCACGCCACGAAUGCCACCACAGAAAACCUGAGUCGCCAUGACAUGCUGAACUGGGUCAAUGACUGCCUCCGCACAAACUACACCAAGAUUGAGGAACUCUGUUCAGGAGCUGCCUACUGUCAAUUUAUGGACAUGCUCUUUCCCGGUUGCGUGAGCUUGAAAAAAGUGAAGUUCAAGACAAAUCUUGAACACGAGUACAUCCAGAAUUUCAAGCUGCUCCAGGCUUCGUUCAAGAAAGUGGGCGUCGACAAGAACAUCCCAGUUGACAGAUUGAUCAAGGGACGUUUCCAAGACAACUUCGAGUUUGUCCAGUGGUUCAAGAAGUUCUUUGAUGCGAACUACGAUGGCCGUCCCUACGACCCCGUCGAGGCGAGAGGCAACACAUCUGUCAUUGGCAGCGGUGGAACGUCGGGCGCCACGUCUCGUAUUGCGAACAACCACAAGGUUGCUGCUUCACGGCCAGUGCACGCGACCAAGCCCAUGACGCGCAAUGCCCCGGUGUCGAAGCCCAUUGGAGCGGCGACGCGAAUAACCGGAAGCACAGGGGUCGGCGACUCUCACAGGCUCGAGGAGCUCACGAACCAGGUUGCAGAGCUGAAGACAACCGUCGAUGGCUUGGAGAAGGAGAGGGAUUUCUACUACGGCAAGCUGCGAGACAUUGAGGUCCUGUGUCAGGAGUGUGAACAGAAGCAUGGAAAGUCCCAAGUCGUCGACCAGAUCCUAGAGAUUCUCUAUGCCACUGAGGAGGGCUGUGAAGAAAGUGAACGCGAGUGCCAGUUACCCCGCGAGGGCUUCUCUGUUCCCGAGGACUACGUUGAAGACGGCGGACCUGUGGCCGGGGGUGAAGAGGAAGAAUACUAAUCGUGUUCUCAUCCGCCUUUGGUUUCGGACCUUCUGCAAAAGACAGCUUAUCGUUUUGGCUUUCGGUCUGUCAAAGACGACGCACCCAAUCGGAUGCUGCUGGUGAAAAACUGUUAGAAGUGCGUUUUUGGUCGAGACCCUUUUCUCGGCUCCCCCGAAGCACCUGUCCUCCCCGAGCCUUCAGUUUUUGUUUCUUUGUCAUGUGAUGCUUUGAUGGUCGUAUUUUUUACUUCUUACUGUUUGCUGCAAAAAUGGAGGGGGUGUGGGGGUGAACGACACUGUCCAAACAUGAUUUACCACGAGGCAUUGAAAUACCGCUGGCCAAAGCAAUACAUUGUGAACUUGCGGCUUUUCUACCCCCGCCCCCCUUUCCAGUUUUUUUCUUUUGUUCCCGAGGGUAGGCACUUUAUUUCUCGUUUUAACCAAAUUUUUAGCUCCUUCGUAGCCUGUUUUUUUUUUUUUUUGUGAUGUUGCUUAUAUAUUUUCCUUCUAUUUUCGAGAUUGUUUUAUGAUCUCAUGUGCGCAGCCCACAUGAUUUGCAUACAUGUGUAAAUGUUGUGUAAGGCUUUUUUUUUUUUUCUGAGGAGUAGUGGUUUCUUUACAUACACACUUCUCCCCUUUUAUUGCCACGACACCGUGUCGAGUUUAAUAUUUAUAGCUGUGGUUGGUUCGAAUGGCAGACGGGGGCCACAUUAUUUUUCUUGGCGCCCUCUCGUUUCUUUUCCUUCCUUCUCGAAAGACGCGGCGAUUGCGACAUGGAGGACGGAAGAGUGCGCGAAGUGGGCGAGCGUUCCCUCGCAGUGUUUUGUCGGUGUCUCCCUGAUAACCAGAGUUUUAGGUCACGCAGUCUCUCCUUAUCCUCUGACCUUACUGUUAUAAGCAUUCAGUAGUGUUCCCACUGGAAGCUAAGACUACCGCUGUGCGACUGCGCUAAUACUGAACAAUAUUGCUAACGCAGCCAGUGCCUGUUUCUUGCGGGGCCAGCGACACGAUGGAAUAGUGCGUACGAGACCAUAGUAUCCGGCUUCACUAGUUUUAUCACUCCCUCUGCUAGGGCCCUCAGUCCAAAUUAGGUGGCAAGAAGUGCUCGAUAGGUCAUUGCAGCUGAUUGCAUCAUGCGCCUUCAAGAAGAUCCAGUGCAUUUUUGCGAGAACAUUAAAUUGCCAAAUCGCGUCCCUGUACAGGCGUCCGUGGUUUACCCGAUCCAGACGGCACACUAGUUCAGUAUUAGCGGAGUAGCUUUUCGUCCUCUCUAGCUGUGCGGUUGGUUUGAAAGUUUUACGGUUUUUCUCCUGUUUAAAAACCCGGAUGCACCUCUGUAAAUACGGACUAGUAGGCCUGUUGGUGUUUUCAUCACUGUGCAACUGUUUAAGAAAAUUAUAUAUGCAGCGCAAGGGCUCUUCUUUCCACAGUUUUUUUUACUGCAGUUUUCUUUCGCCUUUUGGCUAUUUUUUUUUUUAGACUAAUGCAAAUCCGACGACACUGCUGUGCUCUGUCGUGAAUUUUUUUCGCAGUCCUCACACUAAUGGUAAAAUUAUGCAAUGCGAAGAGAGCCUCGCCGGUGUGAAACUACAUUGGCGAUCAUUUGCGGUGCGAAGUUGUCAAUAAAACAUGUUCGAUCCCGGAUUUGGUUUUUCUUUUCUUUUUGAUAGCUUUUCGAUGUGUUAGCAUUGGCGAAUCUGCUUGGUGGCAAAUCUGACUUGUUAUAAACCUUCUCUGUGAAGAAAUAAAGCUGAAACUCUAUUCUUUACUGUA